AUGAAUUCUACCCUACCUCCGUUCCUUCAAGCUACGUCCGGGGCUUUAGGCUCUGCAGUGGGGAAUGCUAUCGUCUACCCACUCGAUCUCGCUACGACCCGUAUGCAGAACAACGCGAGGAGACCACACCACGAACGAUUAAAUCUCAGAGACACCCUCAGUCAUCUAUUAUCUCACAAUGAUUACCUCUCCGAAAUCUACUCCGGUAUAGGUGCAGAUACGCUCUCAACCUUGUUAUCGAAUUUCAUCUAUUUCUAUACCUACACAUCACUCCAAAAGGGAUUGCACGUAUGGCAUACUCGACAUCCGAUCAUCCCUCCCCAAAACACUCAUCAACAUGGAAGUGUAUCCUCCUCGCCAGCUGGGAUAGGUGGAUUGGCAAGUAAAGCUUCCGAAAUUUUACCUAAACCAUCCCAGCCUACCGCACUGGAAGAACUUUUGAUUGGUAUAUUAAGUGGAUUGAUCUCCAAGGGAAUCACAUUACCAAUUUCGACAGUCUGCGUAAGACAACAAAUCGAAAAUGAUACCUACACCGAUACCGACGAGAAAGAUACAAAAAAAGAUAUGACACUAUUAGAAACGUUAUCUACGAUCUAUCAAGAAUCGGGAAUACAAGGUUUAUUCUCAGGAUUAAAACCUACCAUCCCCCUAACACUCUUACCCUCUUUAACGUUAUACAUACAUACCGUCUUAGUCAGAUUACUCUUACCGGCAAGACAUCGUACACAUCCACCAGCAGGGUUGACAUUCCUCUUGGGCGCGGUGUCCAAUGCAUUGGCGACCAUCCCCUUGUACCCUCUAGUAUUGAUCAAAGUCUUAAGUCAGUCGGGGAGGGAUAAAGGUAAAAACAAACAUAAAUUAGGUAUGUUAGAAACUUUGGUAAAGAUUAUCAAAAGAGGUGGGAUCAGAACUUUGUAUACUGGUUUAGAAGGUCAAUUGGUCAAAGGUUUGGUACAACAGGGUGUGAUGAUGCUGGUUAAACAGAGAGUCGAGCAAGGGGUCAUCAAAGCGUACAAAGCUCGAUCUCAUGCUGACACAGCUUAA